AUGCUUCGCCGUCCCGCCACCACCAUCACUCUAACCUCCACGGACCUGGACGCCUACGAGGCCAACCGCCAGCGCAAGAUUUGGGAGAAGCAGCAGCAGCAGCAACAAGCCCAAGCUGCGCAGACUGCCAACGGCCCUAAUAACCCCAUGGGUUCGGGUCAGCAUGGCGCAGCCCGAUCACAGCAGCGGAGCCAAAAAGAUCGCAUCAUGGGUGGGCAGUCGCGUCAGGGCGUUCAAUAUGCUCUGGAGUUUGGGAGUACAGAAAUCGGUAGCGGGGGCCCUGAUCCGACUGGUGGCUUCGUCCAAUAUGUGUCAAAGGAAGUUGCUGCAAGCACUCCGCUCAUUGGCAAUUCUUCAGACUUGAUCUACAUCGGAGUAGAUAGUUCCAAUGUCUACACGGCCGGUGGACCCGGAAGACCAAGCGUCCGACUUGAGAGCAAACUUACCUUCACAGAAGCACUCUGGACAGCUGGUUUGACCGACUGGCCUAUUGACGGGGAGAUCGACAUCAUCGAGAACGUAAACGACGCUCGCGCUAACAACGCUGCUAUCCACGCCGCUGACAAUUGCGGUGUGAACGCGACCACCGCUCAAACCGGCAUAUGGAAGAGCACAAAUUGCAGUAUUAGCCAUGACGAGAACCAAGGAUGCGGCACUGUCUUCACUGAGCCCUUCAACUACGGCUCCGAGUUCAAUGCGAACGGCGGUGGCGUCUAUGCGAUGGAGUGGACCAAUGACUCUAUCAAGGUUUGGUUCUUCCCACCUACUAACGUCCCCUUCUCUCUCUCGAACGGCGAGAUCCCUGAUUCGGAGACAUUUGGUACCCCGAGCGCAAGUUUUUCGGGACCAUGCUCUGGCUCUUUCAGUGAAAAAUUCUUCAACCAUAGCAUUGUCAUUGACACUACGUUCUGUGGCGGGUGGGCAGGCGACGCGUUUGGUGUUGGCAGCUCAUCGUGUCCGCUUAAAGAAGGCCUGAGUCCGCGGGAUAGUUGUGUGGACUUUGUGGCAAGUAACCCUGAGGCCUUUAAGGACGCGUACUGGGGAAUCAGGAGCGUCAAGGUCUGGGAGAAGGUACCAGGUUUCACGGUUCAAGGCCUUGCAAUACCUGGACUCGCCCUACCGACGCCGGUUGCGACGAUCGAACCUCUUGAUGUUCUGAUCAAGGGAUCUGUAUCGAAAAAUGUCUCGACCCCGAUCACAACUUUUGGGCCUCUACAUGUUUCACCCUUGACUGGGGGAGUACUCAGUGCUGAUGACGAUAGCGAAGACCUUGUUGAUGAUGAUGAGGACAGCAUUGGGGACGACUUGGGAGACAUUUGGGAUGCCACCGAUGAUCCUUUUGAUGACGAUCCCUUGUCCGAUCUCCUCGAUACGGAAGAGCCUAGUGCUAUCAUUAUUGCGGUCGAUGUAGAUCCUUUCACUUCUGAAGCUGCUGUGCUUCUUGAUCAGACUGGAUCAACCCUGUACGGCGGCGGCAGUGUUCAUCUCCCCUCAAAAGCACCUGCUUUCCCUUCUGUUCGCGCUCCAUUCGGCGUCGGCAACACGGAGAAUCCUAAAGACUUCUUCCCACCAAAAUUAUCGCUACCGUUGCCUACAAAGGAACCUCGAAUUCCUGCUCCAAAAGGUCUGACAGGUAUCAUACCUCCACUUCUCCAAAGUGGUCCACCAGUGCGCCAGCAGAAUCCCGCCCCGAGUGGAUUCGUAGGCGUCCAGAGACCGAAUACACUUCCCCUGCUACUUCCGAAUCCCGUCGGUGAUGUGGCCCAACCGGGAUUGGAGGUUCUUCCCGUCAGCAACCCAGAGAGCACUACGACCGAACUGUCCCUUUCCGACCCUGUCGCACCAGUAGCUGUUCCCCUGCUCAAUGCUUCCAGCCUUAGCAUUCCAGGAGUCAACGUUUCCACGGUCGACGCCUCAGUGGUUGUUCCCCAGCUCAAUGCUUCCAGCCUUACCGUCACAGGACUUAACGUUUCCACGGUCGACACCCCAGUAGCUGUUCCCCAGCCCAAUACUUCCAGCUUUAGCUUCCCAGAAGUUGAUGCUCCCGAGCUCGACGCCCCACCUGUACUGGUAACGCCAAGCGGAGACAAUACGGGCCUUCCACCUCUUCAGCACAGCAAUCCUCUUAUUCCUGCCGGUAUUGGCCACACAGCAUUUGUUCCGCCUAGCAUUCGCGAUAGCCCCAUAGUCAGUCUCUGGUAUUCGUUUGGCCCUGAGCUCAAGCAAAAGCUUAUUACUGCGGCGACAAACUUGCCUCCACCCACCCUCGGAAGCAGCCCUCUAAAUGACCUUUGGGCUUCUUUGAGCCCUGAGCUAAAGAGUGAAGUCUUGAGUGCUGCGAGAAAUCUGCCUGCUUCGACGCCCGAGAACUCGGUCCCCACCAUAUCAGAUUUGAUCAAUGCUGCUUCAAGCGGGAAGAUUACAGAUGACGUCAGUCCACUGGGGCUGCCGACAUUGGAUAUUCCGCCUGCUGUGAAGCCUGCUGGUGGACUGUUGGGCUUCCUGGACGCAAACACGAAGAAUAAGCUGAAGGCUUUGUUUGGACAAACUUCAGCAGCCCCAACAGGCGGUGACAUCCUGAAGCGACAGGUCUCAGUCUCGAGUCCAGUCGCAAGUCCGGCGGUACUGAACAACCUACAGCCACUUCCUGCAGUGAUUGGGAGCACAGCACCGGCAAACCUGUCUCAGCCCGCAGUCCCAGUCUUCAAGCUGACACCCAAUGUACCCGUCACUGCGCUGACCACGACUGAUACAUCGAAGGCUAUGACAGGCCUUUUCAGUUUCCUUGACGACAGCACAAAGGAACAGAUAGCGGACUUGUUGCUUGGGGCCAACUCAUCGACCGUAGACGUUUCGCAGCCAGACGUGGAUGUUGUAGGCGAAGUCACACGUCGCUCACAUGUACCUGGGAAAGUACUACCGACCUGGGACGUUGCCAAGCCUGGUCUCCUCUCAGACACACUUUACACGUUGGAUGGUAUCAUCAAAACAGUCGCCGCUCUUGAUGGUGAGAGUUCGGACAUUGUAACAAACAACACUUGGGAUGCUCUGAACGUUCAGAAUUUGCUGCCACUUAAAAACUCAAUUGAUUCCAUCGAUAUCAAUGACAGAGUGAAGCUCGCGGACUUCCUGACGGGGGAUAAGGCCAUCUCCAACGACGUUGGAAGUUUGAUAGCUCUGGUUCUGCUUGGUGAUGGCACCACGAAAGCAUCUGAAUUGCAGGACAUUAUGAACGCCGCGAACAACUACGCUCGUUCGCCAAACGAUGAGACGAUGAACGCGUUCAUGGAAAUCCUUCAAGAUGCGGCAAACUCGCUCUACGAUCACACUCUCGCUGACAUAAACGUCUUCCCAGUAUACAGUCGUCUCCACGCUCGCGACGCUGCUUCUAACUGGACUCCGCAAGACAAGCUUGCUCUUGCACAAAACAUCUAUGCUCUGUGCCCGGCUCCUGCUCUCAUCGGCAUCCCCUUCCCGUCACCCUACGAGCUUGCGACCGACUUGCUAAACCCGAGCAAGACUCUCGAAGACGCCACGGCGGCCUUCCGACUUAAGUUGCAAGCCUACUUCGACGUCACUGUGCAAGGCUGCUGGGGCAAGAUCAACCAAUGGCUUGCAUGGCGUCAGCUUCUCCGCAAGCCUGGGACUUCCACCAUCUUGCCCUUCCCUAUCCCAAAAACUGCGAGCAUGCGCAUUCGGGAAAGACAAACGGACGGCGGCGCGCUCCAAAAUUCCGACCCACAAGGCCUCCUUGAGCAGCAGAUCUACACCAUCUGCCCUAAGCCAGACACCUUCUCCACCGACCAACUGAUCGCCGAACUUGAAGAUGCGAACACCUCUAUCGAGGUCGCGAUCAGUCAUUUCCAGAACGAGCUAUGGGCGUAUAUGGCGAAGCUGCAAUCCUGUUCGGACCAAAUCAGAACUUACGGACCGAAGCUCAAGGCCCUCAUCGCGCCUCCUUCCUUUAACACCACCGACCACGCAAAGAUGAAUCGCCAUCAUGCUCGCCAGAUUAUACCGGGUCUCGCCGGUCUACCUCCCCAAGCGCUCUUGCAAUACUUGGCCAAGCAGCAGCAGAGUGGUGCACCCUCGUCUUUUGAGUUGCAGAAGAUUAUCUAUGACGCUCUUCUCGCAGAUUUUAGCGCUGCGAACCCCGCCCUCCCCGUCGCGUCUCCUGGCUUCCGUUCCCGCAUCCUAAGAAGCGUCCCCUCUAAGCGUCAGGAAGACCAAAACGGCGUCAUCCCCGAAUCUGAAGCCCCGGCCGACCUCGACGCCAUCCUCGGACCCCACGGCACACUCGACCCUUUCGGUGCCCUUGGCCCUCAGAUCGCCGCCCCUGACGCUUCCACUACGCCCACGGCGGACCCCCACGACAAGCCUAACGGCUCCGACGACCAGCUCUACGACCUGCCUGACACGGCUGUCGACGAGGCUAGUCCGGAGGUCGAUAAGGCGCUGCAGCAGGGCGAGCAGGACCCGUUUGGCCAGCUGCAGUACGACAAGGACGUCAGUCCCGAGGACGCGAUGGGAAAGCUAGAGAGCAAGGAGUUUCUGGGCAAGUUGAGGAAUCACGAGCAAAGCGAACAGAGCGGGAAGUAUCUGGGGGAUCCGAAGGACGUGGAGGACUUCGUGGACAAGUAUUAUCCUGGAGGUCAGCACGCAAGAAUUACGUACUUGGGGGACCCGCAGGACGUGGAGGACUUUGUGGACAAGUAUUAUCCCGAUGGAGGUAAGGUGGUGACCUGA